CAGAAACUGACUCCACCUCUUUUAAAAUAUUUAUCAAGACAGCAAAAGUCCUAUUUUUGAAUUAUCUGGAACUCUGACAUCCAGGAAACAUGGAACAGCUUAUCUUUUUACUGGCCUUGCUCUGCACUGCUCAUGCUGCUCAACAAGACCUUUCCAAGAAAGUUUUUACCUUCCCGCUGGACAAGGGGACAGCUACAGUUAGGCUCACUGCCAGCGUUGAGCAGCCCAUCACAGCUUUGACUGUGUGCAUGAGAUUUUACUCCACAGAGACCAGACCCCAGUCUCUGUUCUCUCUGGCAAUCCCGUCUCAGUCCAAUGCCUUCCUGCUCUACAAGCCCUCUGUGGGUGUAUACAGGCUGCACAUCAAGGGGACGGCUCUUGAUAUCAAAGGGCUGCCCGAUAACACAGACGAAUGGAACUCUGUUUGCUGGACGUGGGACUCCUCCAGCGGCUUGACCACACUGUGGGUCAACGAGAAGCGAAGUGCAAGGAAAAUUCUGGAGCGCAGAACCACUCUCACCGGCCUACCCAGUAUAAUUCUGGGUCAAGAUCAAGACAGUUAUGGUGGAGGCUUUGACCCAAAUCAGUCCUUUGUAGGGGACAUCACAGAUGUCCACCUCUGGGACAGCGUCAUCAUGCCCUGUGAAAUUAGGUUCUACAUGGAGGGUUAUGCAUUCACUCCUGGAAACCUUCUCAACUGGAAAAACCUGCAAUACUCCACCAAUGGCUCUGUGUACGUGGAGAGGAGUGACUUUGAUAAACUCACGUGCUAUUAGACUGCAAAACAGUCAGCUGUGAGGUUUCAAAGUAAAACCAGAUGUCUAAACAAAUAAAUGUGGUUUUU